UUCCUACGUAGUUUUUUUUUUACGUUUAAUGGGUUGACGUUUGGCCGCUAUCUCACCUGAUGGUAAGUGAUGAUGCGGUCUACGGUGGAGCACGUCUGCCCAUAAGCAACCUAUUCACUCGGGCCUUGAAGACACCCAGCUAUAUAUGAACCGCAACAUAUAAACUUAUUAUCAUUCGCGUUAUCAUAUCUUUAAAAACAUACAAUAAUAAAAAACAAUACGUUUUAUCAAAUAUUCAGUAUAAAGUGAUUUCAAGAAAUUAAGUCUAACGCAGUGUUGUGCAAAAUGAGUGAACAAAAUGGUGGUUCGAAUUUUCCAUAUGAAAAAGAUGAGUUAAAGCCUGAAAUAAGGGCGGAGCUGGCUAAAUAUUAUGCAUCGGAGCCGGAUUUCGUGACUGUUGGACCGAAGAAGUACAUAUUCCUUCGUCCCUACUUGGAAGAUAUAGAGAAUGUGUACAAUAUGUCGCUGCGGCCCAGUGAUGUCUUCGUGGUUACAUACCAACGAUCAGGUACCACGUGGACCCAGGAGUUAGUGUGGCUGCUGGCUAAUGAUUUUGACUACGAAACUGCUGCCAAAAUUCCAAUUACAGAGAGAUACCCUUUCCUUGAAUUAUUUAUGUUCUUCAACAAGAAAUGGCAGCAGGAUUUACUUGAAAGGAGUGAGGACAAACAGAAGGCGCUAGACUUGAUAGAGAAAAUAGCGAAACCUGUGUCAGAGAGACUACGACUUGCUCAAUCUCGGCGAUUUAUCAAGUCUCAUCUCCCAAUGUGUUUGUUGCCUCCAAAAAUCCUGGAUACUGCGAAGGUGGUGUACGUGGCUCGUGACCCCAGAGACGUAGCGGUGUCCUGCUACCACCACUCUAAGCUGUUCAAAGUGUUGGACUUUCCAAGCCCGUUCAAAGAUUUCUGGAACCUGUUUAUAAGAAAUCUAUUCACUGAGACACCAUUUUUCGAGCACGUGAAAGAGGCUUGGGAGUUGAGAGAUCAUCCGAACAUGCUGUUCUUAUUCUACGAAGAACUUAUUAAGGAUUUGCCAGCUGCAGUCCGUCGCGUGGCUGACUUUUUAGGCAAAGAGGUGACACCUGAGCAGAUGGACCGCUUGUGUGACCACCUCAGCUUCGAAAACUUUAAGAAAAAUGAUUCAGUUAACCAUGAAGAAUUGAGAGAAUAUGGUGUCCUUUCGAACGAGGAAAAGUUUAUGAGGAAAGGAAAAGCUGGAGGCUGGCGUGACUACUUCGACGAGGAGAUGACACAACAAGCUGAGAAAUGGAUCGAAGACAACUUGAAGGAUACUGACUUGCGCUUCCCAACUGUUAAAUAGACUGAUAUAAUUAUGAUUUGGUUAACUGUUGACAAUAAAAUUAAAACAACAAAUCAUA